GGUAAACUGCCGAGUUGAUGAAGAUGAAUUUUAAUUGGGUUUUGGCCGGUCUUACGUGACGGCAAUUAAAUUGCUAAUUAUGUUGUUGAUUACGGAUUAAAUUGUGAGCCAGUGACAGUGUGUGAUUGUGUUUGUUGAUGACCUUUCCCUAAUCCGUGUAUUACCACCAGCGUAGAAGAGUCGUGUUGGUCUCGUGGGCCGCUUGAUAGGCAUUCCACUUUGAGAGACUUGAGUGUCUUGUUGUAUGGCGCUCCAUGGGUUCCCGAAAGUCCCGCAAGCGUUCACCGUCGUCUUCGUCCUCGUCUUCUGAAUCCUCUGGGACUUCAAAUCCGCAUCCUCCACCCCGUCCGCCUCUGAAAAAAGCCGAAGAUAUCCGUGCAGUUAAAGUCCAGGCUGCGCGCAAACCUGAACAGCAGAAGACAUCCGCCGCGAAACCUGCUGCAAGCAAACCCAGCGUAAUCAAGCCUGCUCAGCCUUCACUGGCGUCUGUCAUCGUCCCGAAGACCGUGGAAAAGCCCUACAAAAUCCCCAAGCUCCCUUUCAAGGAAUCGGAGAAGCGAUCUGCGUCAGUGGUUCCUGUGGAGAAGUCGGAUAAGAAGAAGAAGACCGAAGAGUUCGCAGCCAGUUCCUCGUCAUCGUCCUCCUCUACCCGCAAAGCAACAGCUCGGCCAACAUGCCCGGUCUGCCCGGUUACAUCGUGCCCGAGUACCACUUGUCCAGUGUGUACCACCCGCGCACCCGCAUGCCCGGCAUCAUCCACAUCCACGACGACUGCAUCCAUGACAACUUCUUCCACGACAACGACAACCACGACCACAACGACGGCGCAGGAUACAAGAUGCGCUGCAGAGGGCGUGCUGCAGAGCCGUACCCUUGCUACCGUCGGUUCGUGUGGUGGCUGCUAUUUUCCUACAUACUCCGCUCCGGUAACUCUUCAGUUAGAUACCACCGCCGCCCCAGGAUCUGCUGCAGUUUUCUGUCUAUAUCUUAUUUCUGGUCCACCUGACAGCACAUUAACGCUCAGCUCAGUUUCCAACACUCUGUUUUCUUCCUUUUCCACGGUUUUUGUAAAUGGAAUUCAAUAUUCCGCUGCAAAAGUCAACGGGUUUCCUCCUUUUCCAAACACUCUGACGCUACAGUCAAGCAGCGUGGGUAUACUGUUCGCGUCUCUAGCAGGGGCUGGUGGAAGCUUGAUCUUGAGCGCUUCGGCUACACCUGCAGCCGGAUGACACUUCGAUACCAUUGGAAAUUUGGAAUUAACGUCUGAUCAGGCAUUCCAAAACGCUCAUGCGGAAACGUUUUAUUGUGCACUCGCAUUUUUUUUAUUCCUGGCGUUGGGGAAUCUGUUAGAAGUCGUCUGAUUUGGAAACUCAAA